AUGACGUUGGGGUUAGGGUUUGAAGAAGACAUAUGGAAUGAUGAACCGAACGGAGAAGAAGAUGAGGUAGUGGACGACACAAAGGAUAAUGGUGAAGAGGAGGAAGAAAAAGAAAUGGAGAAAGGUAGUAGAAUUUUAUUUGAGCCCUCCAUCAAUGGCUUAAAAAAAUCUCUGUCUGAUAAGAGCGAGAUGAUAGCGAUGCAGGAGACUGUGGGGGAUGAUGAGAAGGUGAAUGAUGGGACUGAUGGGAAAGACGAUGUAAUGGAGGACAAUGAGAAGGUGGAGGAUGAAAGAAAAGACAACGAUGAGAAGGUAGAUGAUGAUGAGAAGGUGGAGGAUGAACGAAAAGACAACGAUGCGAAGGUGGAGGACGUAAAGAUAGAGGUUGAGGCUAAAUUGGAGGACGGUGAGAAGCUGGAUGGUGUGGCUAGGGUGGAUGAUGUGGAGGUUGAUCUGAAACUGAAGGAUUUGAAAGUGAAGGUGAAGGAUGAGAAGACUGUGGGGGAUGUGAAGGCAAAUGAUGACAAUGAUGACAAUGACGAUUUCCAGUUAUACAAUACUCCUCCUAAAGGAAAUUAUGGGAGGAGAGUGAGGAAGCCGAAAAAAGAUGACUCGUACACCAACCCUUCCUUGUCAAAAAUGCCCAAGACAAAGGAUCCUAUGAAAGUGAAUCACCUUCAAAAAUUUGAUGAUGAGCUACUUCAUAAAGUUAAGGCGUGGUUGGAUGAUCCAAAAACCGAUAAUUCGACAACGGAUUUACAUACGGUUCAAGCAAAGAAGGAAGUAAAAGUUGGAAGAAGAUCCAUGUUUUCCUGUAUAGCGAACGGUGUUGAUAUUGAAACUAUUCUCGAAGGUAAGGAGAAAGGUGUUGAUGGCGCUGCUUUCACCAAGAAAAAGGCUAAUUAA